AUGAUGCUGCCGGAAGAAGAGGUUACGUUUGAUGAGGGCGUCGGGGUGGACCAGCCCCUCUCUGACUCCGAUGAUGCCAUUUCGUGCUUCAACAUGCCGGGCCCCACCCUCACCUUCCAGAAGCUGACGUACUGCGUCCCUGAGACCAAGGGCCCACUCCACAGGAAGGUGGGCGAGAAGGAGAUCCUUAAGGGUGUCAGCGGGAUCAUGAGGCCCGGAAUGAACGCCAUCAUGGGCCCCACGGGAAGCGGGAAGACCUCGCUGCUGGAUGUCAUUGCCGGUCGGAAGAAUCCUAAUGGUUUGCGCUCGGGUCAGGUGAUGGUGGACAACGUGGUGGUGACCUCUGACCUCAAACUCAGCUCUGCCUAUGUGGUCCAGGAUGAUGUUCUGAUGGGCACUCUGACAGUGAGGGAGAACCUGGCCUUCUCUGCCAACCUGCGUCUGUCUCGCCAGGUCUACUCCUCCUCGGACAAGACAAUGAGGGUCAACGAGGUCAUCCGAGAGCUUGGGCUCAAGGACUGUGCAGAUACCAAGAUUGGGACAGAGUUUCUGCGGGGUGUGUCAGGGGGAGAGAAGAAGAGGUGUAGCAUCGGCAUGGAGCUCAUAACCUCCCCCUCCCUCCUCUUCCUGGACGAGCCCACCACAGGGCUGGAUGCCAACACCGCCAACUCCAUCAUCAAACUGCUGAAGAGGCUGUCCAGGAAAGAGAAGACCAUCAUCUUCUCCAUCCACCAGCCCCGGUUCUCCAUCUUCCGCCAGUUUGACCACCUCACCCUCAUGAACAAGGGAGAGAUCACCUACGCCGGGGCUGCCAACAGGGCUGUGGACUACUUCCAGGAACUGGGGUACAAGUGUGAGACGUUUAAUAACCCUGCUGAUUUCUUCCUGGACAUUAUAAAUGGAGACAUCAGCCCCAAACCGGACUCUCCUGAUGCGCAGACGCAGCGCAGCUCCGCAGCCCCUGCGGGACACGACAACCCACUGGCCCUGCAGUACCGGCGGUCGCACCUCCACAGCCAGGUGACGGAGCAGCUGAAGAAGAUGACAGAGUCAGCGGAGACCUGUGAAAAAGGGGGUGGAGAGAAGCCCUCCUAUGCCACACCCUUCUACUACCAGCUUAUGGUGGUGUGUGGACGCACAGUGAGAAACAUUGUGCGAAACCCUCAGACCUCCUAUGCCCAGCUGGCCCUCAACAUCUUCUUCGGCAUUCUGGUGGGGCUCAUCUACUACCAGAUCCCACACACCCUGCCCGAGGCCCUUCAAAACAGGACGGGAGCGUUCUUCUUCCUCGUUAUCAACAUGGUGUUCGGAAACCUGUCUGCUGUCGAGCUCUUCAUCAGCGAGAGAGCUCUCUUCAUCCAUGAGAACUCCAGUGGUUAUUACCGAACGUCGGUCUUCUUCCUGUCCAAGGUGUUUGCUGACCUCGUCCCCAACCGUAUCCUCCCUGUCCUUGUCUUCUCUGGCAUCCCUUACUUCAUGAUGGGCCUGAAACCAGAGGUGGACACGUUCUUCCUCUACUGUCUGACCAUGAGUCUGGUGAGCCUGUCAGCAGUCAGCCUGGCCUUCCUGGUCAGUGCCAGCGUGGGCUCCUUUGCCAUGGCCAAUGCUCUCAUUGCUUUGCCUUUCGUCUUCAUGAUGGUUUUUGGUGGCUUUCUGGUAAAUCUGAACUCCAUGCUGAGCUGGAUGUCCUGGCUAAAAUGGGUCAGCAUUUUCCGCUAUGGACUGGAGGCCCUGACAAUCAAUGAAAUGAAGGGACAGGUCUUCACCAGCAACUACACCGUACUGACAGGUGAGAUGUACAUGGAGGAGCAGGAGAUUGACUACAGCACGUGGGGUUUCUGGCAGAACCAGGUGGCUCUGGGCUGCAUCAUGUGCGUGUGUCUGCUCCUCACCUACAUCCAGCUGCGCAGGAUCAACCGGUGGAAGUGA